AUGGCUGCUUCAGGUGCUGCGGACGGUUCCCCAUCGUCGGGGACACACGCUGUCCUCCACGAGGUGCUCAGCUAUGUGCGUAUUGCGUCGCCAAUUGUCCUUCUGAUCGCCUUCGUCAUUGCCUUUGUCGUCAACUCGAUCAUUUCGGCCAAGCAACUCACCCCCAAUCGCAAUACUGUCACAUCGGGUCCUGGUGGUCGACCGCUGCCCAAGAGGACCAGAAGCACCAUGGCUGUCGUGGCCCGGGAACGUCCCGACGUCUCUCCCCAGUUCAAGCUCGUCUUCAAGUGGCUCUCCGUCGGGGUGCUCCUGACUUUCAUUGCGGAUGCGGCCCUCAACAUGGCCCAUGCGAUCAUCGCCCGCUCAGAACACUGGUGGCGUGGUCAGGCGGUGGUGAUCUACGUCGUGGGUUCGUUCUUCGUCCAUGCUGUCAUCCUGAUCUCGAUCCUGGACACCAAGCCCUCCCCGACCUGCGCUCAGUUUGUGCCCUGGUUGGUCGCCAUUCCGCUCGAUCUGACCAUCGUUGGCCUCUCGCUGGCCUUCUACUCCGCCCCGCACCACGAGCCGACAGUGGGAGAUCCCUAUGGCGGUCCUCUGCGGCAAGGCAUCACCCCAUGGGAGAUCGCUGAGGUCGUUUCCAAUAUUGUCCGCAUCGCCAUCCUCGCCGCUCUGGUGGUUCUGUACAUCCUCUGCGCCGUUGGACAAAAAUCUUCUAGCCGGAAGGCGCAUCCUCGUUUGGCAGGCGACUCUGCAGAGACAACUGGGCUCCUGUCCGCCGAGGCGACGGCCGGUGCCAACGGAGAUGGAUACGGUGCUACCCAGCCGAAUGGGAAUCAUGCCGCUCCUGCUCAGAAACCGGUUGAUCCCUGGGUCCGUCCGACCACCAUUCCGUCCACGAGCUGGUGGGAGUAUCUGAGCGGUUACUCCUUGUUUUUCCCAUAUCUGUGGCCGUCCAAGUCCCGCCGACUGCAGCUGGUGGUCAUCGUCUGCUUCGUCUUGAUCCUUCUGCAACGGGUCAUCAACGUUCUCGUCCCGUACCAAGUGGGCGUGAUCACCGAUAUCCUGUCCCGGGAGGAAGGGGAAGGUUUUCGGAUUCCCUGGUUUGAGAUUUGCCUGUACAUCUUCUUUCGCUGGCUGCAAGGGAACCAGGGUCUGAUCGGUUCGUUGCGGUCGAGCCUGUGGAUUCCGGUGGGCCAGUACUCGUACAUGGAGCUGUCUACGGCGGCUUUUGAGCAUGUACACGGGCUCAGUCUGGAUUUCCAUCUGAGCAAGAAGACGGGUGAAGUGCUGUCCGCCCUGAGCAAGGGAAACUCGAUCAACACCUUCCUGGAGCAGGUGACGUUUCAGGUCGUGCCGAUGCUGAUCGAUCUCUGCGUCGCCAUCGGCUAUUUCCUGGUCGCGUUCGACGCCUACUACGCACUCGUUGUGGCCAUUGUCACUUUCUGCUACCUCUACGUCACGAUCCGCAUGGCUCAGUGGCGAGCGGAGAUCCGGAGGCAGAUGGUGAAUGCGUCCCGACAGGAAGAUGCGGUCAAGAACGAUUCGAUGGUGUCUUACGAGACCGUCAAGUACUUCAACGCCGAGCAAUACGAGUUCAACCGAUAUCGCGGCGCCGUCAACGACUUCCAGAAGGCCGAAUACCAUGUCUUGUUCUCUCUGACCUUGAUGAACACGUGUCAGAAUACCGUCUUCAUGUUGGGCCUUCUGAUCACCUGUUUCAUCGCUGCGUACCAGGUUUCCGCCGGCCAACGCAAGGUGGGCCAAUUCGUCACGCUCUUGACCUACAUGGCCCAGCUUCAAGGCCCGUUGAAUUUCUUCGGGACGUUUUAUCGGUCCAUCCAAUCGGCGCUGAUCAAUUCGGAGCGCAUGCUGGAACUCUUCCGAGAGCAGCCCACCGUGGUGGACAGUCCGUCUGCGGUGCCUAUGGAGUCCUGUCGCGGCGACAUUGUCUUCGACAACGUCGAAUUCUCGUAUGAUGGCCGGAAGCCGGCGUUGAACGGACUGAGCUUCCACUGUCCGCCUGGCACCACCACUGCCCUGGUCGGCGAAUCAGGCGGAGGGAAAUCCACCGUGUUCCGUCUCCUGUUCCGCUUCUACAACGCCGCCAAGGGCAGUAUCCGGGUGGACGAUCAGGAUGUUCAGAGUGUGACCAUUGACUCCCUCCGCCGCCACAUCGGGGUAGUCCCGCAAGACACGGUCCUCUUCAACGAGACGAUCAUGUACAACCUCAAGUACGCCAAUCCGAACGCGACCGAUGAGGAGGUGUACGAGGCAUGCCGGGCGGCGAGCAUUCAUGAUCGGAUUCUCGGAUUUCCGGAUGGCUACCAGACCAAGGUCGGUGAGCGCGGUCUUCGUCUCAGUGGUGGGGAGAAGCAGCGAGUGGCGAUUGCGCGGACGAUUCUCAAAAACCCGCGGAUCAUCCUCCUCGAUGAGGCGACCGCGGCGCUGGACACGGCCACGGAAGAGCAUAUCCAAGGCGCAUUGUCGACUCUGUCGCGCGGACGCACAAUGCUGGUGAUCGCUCAUCGGUUGAGCACCAUCACCACGGCCGACCAGAUCCUCGUCCUGCACGAUGGCCGAGUCGCCGAACGGGGCACCCACGAGGAGCUGCUGGCGAUGAAAGGCCGCUAUGCGAGCAUGUGGCGGAAGCAGAUUCGGGCCCAGAAGGCGGCGGCCGAGGCACAAGUGCUCCAAGACCGCGCGCAACGUCUCCGCAGUGCCUCGACUGCAGCUGCGGGAGACGACACUUCCAGUCAGUCGGAAGAGGAACAGAACGGGACGGCACAUCCGACCACUGCUCGCGAAACGCCUGGUCGCCGUUCCAGUCGAGCGGGGGACAAUCAUAAUGCGUAUGGGCGCUCGUCUUGA